UACGGCCAGAGCUGCUGCCUCAUCGAGGACGGCGAGCGCUGCGUCCGGCCGGCGGGCAACGCCUCCUUCAGCAAGAGGGUCCAGAAGAGCAUCUCGCAGAAGAAACUCAAGCUGGACAUCGACAAGAGCGUAAGGCACUUGUAUAUCUGCGAUUUCCACAAAAAUUUCAUCCAAAGUGUACGAAAUAAAAGGAAGAGGAAGACAAGUGACGAUGGUGGAGAUUCUCCUGAGCACGACACUGAUGUUCCUGAGGUUGAUCUGUUUCAGCUCCAGGUGAACACUCUACGACGUUAUAAACGACACUACAAAUUACAGACCAGACCAGGCUUCAAUAAGGCCCAGUUAGCAGAAACUGUCAGUCGACACUUCAGGAACAUACCUGUGAAUGAAAAGGAGACCCUUGCCUACUUUAUCUACAUGGUGAAGAGUAACAAGAGCAGACUGGACCAGAAAUCAGAGGGCAGCAAGCAGCUUGAGUGAGGAUGAAGCCCAUCUGCCAGGAAUGAAGUAUAAUGCUUAAUGCACAGGUGAUACCUGCUACAUUUAAGCCCAUAAAGACUUUUAAGUUUUAUUAUAAAUAAAAAUGUUUGAAUGAUAAAUACUGUAAAUGUUUUUGGUCAGGAGGAUUAUAUUCUUCUGAUUCAGCAUGUGUAUAAAAAGACUUUCUUUUAAGGCAACUACUGGGCUGAAAAAACAAGAUCAUAAAAAGAAUUAAGAAAAGCUAUGUAUUGCAGCAUUCAAAAAAGCAUUAAGUCAGUGCUACUGGAAAUGAGGAAUAACAAAUAUUUUGGUUGUCGCCUCGUAAUCCCACGCUGCCACAUGUGAGAUGUAGCCCUGUAAUAGCAGCAGGUGAUGGUGGAGGUGCAUGAGCAGAUCCAAGUGUGCUGGGGAUGUGGAUGCCCCACCAUGCUGCAGGCUUUGUUGCUUAUCAGCGAAUCAGUUUGACCCUGGUCCCCCUCACUGGUCCUGCACCUUAUACACAUAGGCACUCAAUCAGUAUUUGUUGGCUAAUUGAGCUGUCACUAGAAUUGCCAGCCUUGUAACAUCUGCUUCACGCCUCCAGUUAAUGAGAUCUCUGCCAUUUCUGUGGUUUACCACUUAACUUCUAGACUGUGGAGGAAAUCCUGAUGAGCCAACAAGAGGUUUCAGAUCAAACGAGUACUUCAGGACGGUCGCAUGUGCCACGCUGUCUUGUGGAGGUUCCAGAAGCACGGAUGCAGAGACCCUCGCAGGAGACGUGGCCCUUUGCACACCCCUCUACGUGCCACUCUUUGGGGUGAAGUUAUGUAUUAUAACUUCAGCCAUUCUCCUGGGCCAUAAAUGCUUUGGCAAACGGAGAUACUUAGUGGUUUGGGACUCAUAUUUUCAGAAGUACUAAUCCAUAGUUCACAACCACCAAGAAAGCUGCCAAGGACCAUGGGAUUCCUGCUCAGAAGUCCAGCACUGAGAUAGAAAAUCUGCCUGGCCUUGACACCCUGGGCUUGGGGGUCAGCAACAAAUCACGGGUUUGAGCAACAAAGGUCGGUGCCAUCUGAUGCUCAUUUUUACAAGCAAUUUGCCUCUCUUUUAGGAAGAAAGAUUGCUAAAAUGAUUUUUUUAAGUAUUAAUAAUUACGUGAUUAUUUUUUUUACGUUCAAAAACUCAGCUUGCUCUAUCUAAUUAUGUCACAGCCAAAGUAUCCUUUGAAAACAAAGCUUUAUAUCCAAAAGUCUGCUUUUCCAAAAUUUUCUAAUCAGUGUGCUGGGGGCAUAAGGUGCGGACAGGGAAUGGGAAAGAGAAAAAUGAUGUGGACUCUAGUUUCUGACCAUCUCGACGUGCACUGUGGUCAAAGGUAUCACUUUCUUACUCGGUUUUAAAUUUGAGUUCUUUCUGAAGCCUUAAAUGCUAAAGGAGCAGUGGACAGCCUGGCCCGGCAGAGAGUGUUAAUGUCUCACAGAUGGCUUGAUCUGAGUGCCACCACAGAGAAGUCAGGAUGAAAAUCCCCACCGAGCAGGGCAGUGGGUUCGGGUCUGUGAAGCAGAGUGCCACACUUUCUGUGGACUGGGGACAGGGCCACCAUUCACUAAAACAGUGUGUUCCAUUGCAGCAAAGCUUUCACCAGUGUUCAAAAUGCAUGUCUAGCAGAUUGCAGCCUUUUCAAAUAUGUGUAAAUGAAUGUACAUAGAACAUACUCUAGACUACGAGGGGUCUUAUUUUAAUACACCGGGCUGUGGGUGGCACAUCAGGGUGCUCUGAGUGUGUUAGUCAUUCAGAUCCAGUAUGUAUUUAGACAUUGUCUCACUACUUAUAGCUGGAGGAUUAAGAAGGCUCAAAAGUGUGUGGCUUAUGUAGGUUUUAUUCCUGAGAAGCUGAAUUAGAAAGGCUUUGGUGGUGUCCAACACCAAGCUCCCUUUGCAGGGGGCAUUUUUUCUCAUCAGACUGGAGUUUGGGUGCAGCUGGGCCUGUAGGUUAGGGCAUUGGAAACCUGCUCUCUGGAAAUGUCCCUAUCUUAUUGAGAAAGAAGGUGUAUCUUUUGAUGUUUAAACCAAUGAUGGAUGUGUAGGUCAUGUCACUGUUUUUCUAACAGUGAAUCUGUUUUCCCAGUUGAGAGAGACAGUGGUACAUUUCUGUGAGAACGUGGGUUAGGAUCCAUCUGUUCCAGUGUGUCUAUAAGAAUGCUUUUGUUCCAAAGUGAAGCCUGGGGAAACUUUCCCCCUUCAGCUAGAUGCUGUGUGCACUUCAUCACAUGCCGUUUUUCCUCUAAAGAGAGCUGCUUUUGGAAAGGGGAGAUUGUGGGUAUUUUUUCCACCUUUGUAGACAUGUUGGGUGAGAGAAAAGACAAAGCUGUCCGAAUCUACUUUUGUCCUGUGUGCAGAAGUCCGUUCUGUCAUCAGACCACUAAACCACUUGCCUUAGUCUCUUCUGCAGUUUUCGUGGCUUAAUCAUGGGCAGGAGGCUCUGCCUGUGGAAAUGGCCGGGCCCUGCAAAGCAGCUUCAGGGAGCAUCGGGGUCUGGGAAAGCGGUGUUCAUCUUGGCUGCCUGCAUUUUUAUGCCACCUGUCAAGGACUUUUGUGCUUCUCUCCACCUGUAACAUUGCAACAUUGCCUUCUCUUCUCUUGGUGCUCCUGGGCAAAACUGGAAUUGGAAACAGAACUGGUAUUGUUUUCUUAAAUUCUGCCUCAGUUCCGGCCUGGUGUGGUUCUUCAGAUGCCCUGAAGGUUGUCACGUGGAAAUGCCAAUAUCCUGCUAUUCAUGUUGCUUCAUUUUAAGGUUUUUAAAAAACAAAUGGACAAACUUCUUAUUUCAACGAACAAACUCUUAGGUUGGCAACAGCACCUGAAAAUGAUCACAACUAAAUCCCAUGAAAGAUUAAAACGAAGGACUCAAGGCUGGUGUUGUAAAAUGAAGAAUUUCACUUACGUGUUACAGCCGCCAAGUUGCUAGAUGUUCCUGUCAUGCUGAAUAUUCACUGCUAGCCUUCCAGAGACAUAUUCAUAAUUAUUUGCAGUUGGAAUGUUGCAUCUAACCUUGGCAUUUCAGCUGUUUUUUUGUGGGAACUUUUUUGUUAAUAUCCUACAGGACAACUGCCUGGUGGAAGGGAGGAGGUAGGAAAAGCAGCUUACUCUAGCUUAUUGAAAUAGGCUGUCCCAACCCAGACUAGCUGCUGUAUGGAAACCGUCUGAAGGCUCUGUCAUUACAGUGACAAGAUCUAAAUGUUGGGAAAGUGGCUUUCAGUCAUCCCAUCCAGUCUCCCCAUAGGUGCUGACAUUCUGCCUACAACCGUCCCACCAAGGAUUUGAGCAGCCUGGGCUUAAACACCUCUGAGGACAGAGAACUCACUACCUCCUGGGGGUAUCUGGUUCUAUCUUUGUAAACCUCUGGUUUUCUCUGUUUUCUGUGACUUCCAUUUAUGUGUCUGCUCAGUGGGGGCCACAUGGAAGAAGUUGCUCAUCUUGGCCAAGGACUUAAUUGCUAGCACUGUCCCAGGGCAUAGCAAGUGUCUUUUGAAAAGGAGCAGCUAGCAGCGAGACACCAGCAUCCUGACUCUCUACCCCCUGAGUACUGGUGCAUUUUCCUUGUUGGAGAAUGUGGAGGAAACCCCAUCCGCCUGGUUGUGCUCACUUGUUCUUGCUGAAGCUGAUCGAGGGUGUUAGCAGAGGUGGUUAUACUAUUGGCCUUAUGAAAAACAACCAAGACAGAGGAGGCCUUAGUUCUGUGUUUGUCCCACAAAAACUGAUGUUCACAUCACUUAGGAAGAACCUUGGCUAGAAAAUCUUAAAAUGUUGCUCUAUGUGGAGUUGAAAGUUUCCAUGGCUGCUGAGGGCUUGUACCUUAAGAUUCCUGCAAGCAUUUCUCACACUGUUUUUACCAAGAAAACAGAACUUAGGGACUUGAGGGAGUGGGGGAACCAUAUUCCUCAGUAUCAGAGAAGUGCCAUAUUUUCAAGCUAGAAAGUCCUAUAAGGUUGCUAUUGUCUAAUUCACUUUUAGAGAUGGGGAAACCCAAAAAAACUUGCCUAAGUUGCAUGGCAUUCUCUGGACUAACCUCUCAUCCUGUAGCAUGACUCUAAUCUGGCCUAAAGUGACCUCCCUCAGAUUCUUGAGACGUUGCCACUGAGUAGAGGUUCCCAAGACCAACCUGCAGAACUCAGGGUUGAGUGAAUGAUUCAGAAAGCAGUCAGUUGAGUUUUGCAAAAUGAAUGGGAAGGACAAACAGAACUGGCCUAUAAUUUAAGACCAGGGUUCAAAAGUCCUGGCGGGAGAUCUGCUCAUGAAGUGGUCUUGCUCUGUGAUCUGUUGGUCAGACUUCUGCCUUUCAGUCAUUCUUGGAGCUUGUGUGAUUCAGUUGGCCCCAACUGGACAGACAGCACUGUGGCCUUGUGACUGGCAGCCUGAUACUGAGCUAACCAGUUGAACUGAAGGACAGUGAGCUCAAGAACAUGCCCUGGGAAGCAUGGUGCUUUAGGGGUGCCUUUUAAUUCCUUUCAUUUAAUUACCAACUGUUUCCAGGUUCAUAGUUAGGAAAGGUAAAGGUGAUCUGAUGUUUUCAGGUCGGCUGGGGCAAGGUGGGGCCUUUUCUUAAGGUAGAAAUGUCUACAAUCAGUUAUUUCAUCCAGCUUGCAUCUUAAAACACAAACCUUCGGUUGCUUUCAUUUAAUGAACACGUCUUUGCCAAUGACAGUGCUGUACAGGAUCCCUGUUUUACAUUUCUAUUAUCCGUUAUGCCCAUCAGAGUGUUGGGGGUGUGGGUUUUCUUUCCAUUUUGUAACUGCCUUAUUGAAAAGCAAGUGCCCUUCCAUUUCAGGCCUCCUCAUAUUGUACGUUUCCUGCCAAACGUGGGGGAUCAUUUGUAUUUUAAUUUUGUAAUCUAUGGCUCUGUACUGUUGAAAGGCUCUCAAUUCUGUGGGGUCUCCUUAGUAAUGUAUGAGACUUUUCAUGUUGCAAUAUCACACAGAUGGGACAGCCCGACUUUCGCUCUUAAUAAACGGUCUGAAUGAGUAACGAGAGA